AAUGUGUUUGCUUUCAUUUCUUUUACAUCUUAUAUUUUUUACAUUAUAAAAGUAUACGCAUUGUCUAUUCUUGGGCUAUGGUUAGACGUCUGUAGACAUUCACUAGCAGCCCAAAUUUAGCCUUGUUUUAUCCAAAAUUGCUUGCUGGGUUUGCUCUUGCACAACAUGCACAAAUCUACCUCUGUGCACCAUGCACCUUUUAGCACAACAGGAAAUAUUGUAUAUGAAAAGAGGAACACGCUGUCUGCCAAAAAUGCAGAGAACAUUACUGGUAAGCAUCAAGAUGAGUUUCUGAGAUUUUUAACUGUAAUUUUUAAAGUAAGGAAGAUAGGCUAUACAGUAUUAAACAACAUUUUUCUUACCAACAAUUAACCAUAACUUUUGUUUCUUAAGCUCAAAUUGUGCUAAAAAUCCCUUUUUUUCACUUAUUUCAGCUACUGAGCAUAAUGCUUAGAUUCUCAAGCCCCUCCCACAGAGAAUCAUCAUCAUUGUUUUCUAUUGAUGAUUGGGUUCUGGAAGGUGGGACUAAAUGUUCUCUCACUUGGCUGGCUUUCAAUUUGCUUGUGCAGGGGACUGGUCAGACGAAGUGAAAAUAAAAAAGAAGUAAGUAAAUGAUAAACAACAUAAUUUUGACCUGAAGCUAUGGAUUUGUUACUUCAUUUACUUUUCCAAGGUGUUCUGCUGUAUGAGACUUUGGCAUGGGAAGUCAGAAUGCCAAAGGAAAUUCAUGGUCUCAAAGGUUCCUGUCUGGUUAUACCGUGCUCUUACUCUUACACUUCAUACCCACCAACUAAACCACGUAGAGUUGUGUGGUAUCAGUAUGUGUCAAAAGGCUACCCUUUAGUUUGUGAUCCCUGGAAUCCAGACAGUGUCAUUGACAAGUUCAGAGGAAAAACUGAUAUAUAUAGGCAUAAAAACUCAGAUCUGGAUUGUAGUCUGCUGAUCAAAAGCGUGGAUCCGUCCCACAAUGGAGAAAAAUUAUAUACAUGGAUUGACCCAGAUACUAUUGGAUGGCGGACCUACAAGUUUUAUGAUGUCACAUCUACGAUUAUUGUUCACACAGGUCCAAGGCAGCCCACUAUCAAUAUAUAUGGAGGUGCAACGACUGGUGACAGCAUUACAGUUGCAUGUUUUACCUUCCACACCUGUCCAUACAACAAACCAAACAUCACUCUGAAGGGUAUUGAAGGAUCUGAUAAAGUAGACGAUUUCCAUAUUGAAAACGGUCUGUGGAAAAUCGCAUUGACGCGCACCGGUGUUGUGAAGGAUGAGCAGUCAGAAAUUGAGUGUAAUGUAACACAUCAUGGAGGCAUAACAACAAGAGCUACAAAAAACACAACUGAAGUCUUUAUUUCCCAAAAUGGAACUGAUGUGAUGACCUUUGACAUGAAGACAAAUAUGGCUUACAUUCUAUCCCCUAUAUUUGUCUUGCUUGUCAUUUGCAUACUUGCUGGAGUCAUCAUAUACAAGAAGUGUAACAGGUCGUCACCUAAUGAUACGCAAGAAUUACAGACUAAUCAAAGGUCAAAGGAUGCACAUGCAGUGUCAGAAAACAAUCCCUCCUCUAACACUUAUAUGCCAUCACCAAAAAGUGAGCCAAAAUACUACACUAAUGAGGAGUUUUACAGCAACGUUGAAGAUAUCAACAAUUAUGAAAAUGUAGAAUGAAUAUAUCCCCAAAAUGUAUACACAAUACAGUUUUUAUACGGAAAAAUACCAGUAAAACAUUGUUAUGAGUACUUUUUAUAUUAAAUGCAUUACUGAU